AUGUUGUCUUCAAGAGUCAAGUUACAAGUGGCCAAGCAGGCUAGCAGAUUAUACACGAUUUCUGCCAAGGACGGCUCCGGUAAGGUGUCGACUUUGGCUGUGAAGGUUCACGGUGGGUCCCGUUAUGCGGAUAAGGACGGAUUGGCACACUUGCUAUCAAGAUUCAACUUCCACAACACCAGUAACAAGUCUGCAUUGAGACUAGUUAGAGAGUCUGAGCUUCUGGGCGGCAAGUUCCAAUCUAGCGUCGACAGAGAGUUCAUCACUUUGAAGGCUACGUUCUUGAAAGAGGACCUGCCUUACUACGUGAGCGCACUUGGUGACGUUUUGUACAAGACCUCUUUCAGACCUCAUGAGCUCCCAGAGUCUGUGCUUCCAGCUGCCAAACACGACUUGGCCGUUGCUAACACUUGUCCUGUGCGCAAGGCCGAGGACCUAUUGUACACUACCACCUUCAGAAAGGACUUGGGUAACCCAGUCUUGUAUGACGGUGUAGAAAAGGUUACUCUUGAUGACAUCAAGGCCUACGCUGACAAGGUCUACACCAAGGAGAACAUCGAAAUUAUUGGUCAAGGCGUCAACGAAGGUGACUUGAAGCGUUUUGUCAACGACUCCCUGUUCGCUUCUCUACCUCAAGGUACCGCUUUGACUAAGGAGGCCAAGCCUCCUGCCUACACUGGCGAAGAGAGAUUCAGAUUUGCUGGCGAUUCCGUCGCAGCAAUUGCCGUUCCAGUUGCUAAGGACGAAUAUGCCACUUUCGAAGUUCUAUCCAGAUACUUGACUUCCGCUUUGUCUGACUUGUCACCAUUGAUUUUCAAGGCCAAACUGGACACUUACGCUAAUUCUGGUCUAUUCUCCUUGUAUGUCAAGGGUCCAGAUGCCUCUACUGUUUCUGCCAACAUCAAAAAGGUCGUUUCUGAAUUGAAGGCUGGCAAGGACCUUUCCGGCGCCAAAGCUUACGCUGCUUUGAAACUUGCAGUCGAUAACGAUGCUUCUGCUACUCCUGUUGAACUAAAGCUUGACAACGUCAAGGAUUUCAAGCUUUCCAAGUUCAGCUAUGUUGCUGUCGGUGAUGUCAGCAACUUGCCAUUUGCUGACGAGUUGUAA